CCUUGGCAGGGAAACAAACGUGGGUUUCAUAAAGAUAUGCAAAGUGGAGUCCUCUACGGAAUUAUAUUUCUAUAAAAACAAACAAUUACCAGAAUUACUCAAAAUACUUAAACUGUUUUGAAAUUUCUGGUGUCGUUACUUAUCUCUACGACUCAUGGGCUUUUAGAAAUGAAUUAACACAGGGUGAGGAUAUCACUGUUGCCAUUUACGAUGGACCGCAAUAUCACCGCUGAGUUGGUAACGUUAGUCAUAUGGUCCGUCAUAACCUCACAGUCAUAGUUUGUGGACGCUGUCAACAUUUGCCUGUUGUCCCAUGAUGAAGACGUACCUCUCCGUUAUCAGAAACUGUAAGGUUGCACAGAGAUGGUCAUUCAGCCAUGCUACAAGAUGUGCAGUUUCUCCAUCCCCAUUCUCCUCAAAAUGGAAUUGCAAAAGGCUCAUGGUGAGACGCCUGGGCACGGAUAUCCCGACAGAAGACCGGAACUAUUAUAUCACCACCCCUAUCUUCUAUGUGAAUGCUGCCCCUCAUAUUGGACACUUGUACUCGGCUGUUACUGCUGACUACCUGCACAGAUACAAGCUUCUACAGGGGUUCAACUCCAGGUUUGUCACAGGUACAGAUGAGCACGGACUCAAAAUCCAACAGGCUGCCAAUGCUGCCGGACAGGAUCCUCUAAGUUUCUGCACUAAAGUAUCUGAGAGAUUCAAAUACCUCUUCAAGAGCUGUCACAUCUCAUACACUGACUACAUCCGUACCACUGAGGAGAGACACCGCUGUGCAGUGGAGCACUUCUGGACCGUGCUUCAGAGUAAAGGCUUCAUCUAUAAGGGGAAUUAUGAAGGCUGGUACUCCACGCAGGACGAGAGCUUCCUCACGCCAUCGCAGGUGGGAGAUGCCAAGGAUUCAUCAGGGAAGGAGAUCAAGAUCUCUCUGGAGAGCGGCCACAAGGUGGAGUGGAUGAAGGAGGAGAACUACAUGUUCCGUCUGUCUGAGUUCCGGUCCCGGCUGCAGGAGUGGCUGGAGGGGAACCCCAGAGCAGUGCAGCCAGAACGGUUCCACCACGCAGUUCUCCAGUGGCUCCAGGAGGACCUCCCAGACCUCUCUGUCUCCCGCCAGAGAAGCCGCCUCCAGUGGGGCAUUCCAGUUCCUGGUGACCUCGACCAGACAAUCUACGUGUGGUUAGACGCCCUGGUCAACUACCUCACAGUGGCUGGUUACCCGGACUCACACUCUCAAUGGUGGAGGGCUGCCCAUCAUGUCGUGGGAAAGGACAUUCUCAAAUUCCAUGCCAUCUAUUGGCCGGCAUUCCUACUGGCUGCUGACUUGCCCCUCCCACAGACCAUACAUGUGCACUCUCAUUGGACAGUGGGAGGGAAGAAAAUGUCUAAAAGCUUGGGGAAUGUGGUGGACCCCCUGGAGAGGUCUCAAAGGUUCACCAUAGAUGGUAUGAGGUACUUCCUCCUGCGCCAGGGGGUCCCAGACACAGACUGCGACUAUGACGAUGAUAAAGUGGUCAAACUGCUCAAUGCCGAGCUUACAGACUCGUUGGGUGGCCUUCUAAACCGCUGCACUGCCCCCUCUCUCAACCCAGCUCAGGUCUACCCCCACUUCUGCUCUGACUCCUUCCCCAGUCAAGGGACUGAAUCACAUAAGGGGAGGGCUGUGGAUGAAGAUUAUCACAUGCUGGAUGCUGUACGUGCACUACCAGCCGUGGUGGAACAGCACUACGAGAGUGUGCACGUGUACAAAGCUCUGGAGGCCAUUAACCGGUGUGUGAGGCAGACCAACGGCUUUGUCCAGCGGCACACACCAUGGAAGUUGGGCAGUGGGGAUGGGAGAGACCAGCUGUGGCUGGACACCAUCCUCCACGUGUCCCUAGAGUGUCUGAGGAUGUAUGGGACACUCCUACAGCCCAUAGUGCCAGAGAUAGCAGACAAACUUCUGUCCAGGCUGGGGGUGAAGCCAGAGGAGAAGAGCUGGGCUGCUCUGAACUUCCUGGUUAAAUAUCAGGGAAAGGACUGCCCCUUCGAGGGCAGAGCACUGGGUCCUGACACUGGAGUCCUGUUUAAUCGUCUGGAGAGGCCAAAUGCAGAGAAGGGAAAGCCCAAGAAGGCUAAGAAAGCCACUAAAGUGAAAUCAUAAACAUGGAAAUUCUAUGUUUUCUGUCCAUGUAAAAUGAGUUUAAAUAAAUUAGAUUAAAUAUGUCA